AUGCCCGAUCACGACAAGUAUCAGCUGCGUCCGCGCACGGCGCGCUCCCGCGAGCCGCGUGCGCGCCGAACGCCACAGCCCCUCAGCAAAUACAGGAGGAAAACAGCGAACGCGAGGGAGAGGAGCAGGAUGCGAGAGAUAAACCGCGCUUUUGAAGCUCUGCGGCGAGCAGUUCCCGCUGCAGAAAUAACUGGCACACCCGUUCCUUGCGAGAAGCUCACCAAAAUCACGACUCUGCGUUUGGCAAUGCGAUACAUUACGGCGUUAUCUUCUGCUUUAAGAGACACGAGCCCCGAGACCGAUUCUUCUCGACCGGAUCGGUGGCCCUCACCACUAUGCUCUGAAAUGUCAGAAUUCUCAACUGAGCAAGAAACUCCGUCGGAAUUCGCUGAGGACUCCUUGUCGCCAUUUGACUCCUUCUUCGCGGAAUUCGACUACGAGUAUAUUGACAGGACAUUCUCGUGACAGUGAAGUGUUGGAGUGUUCAUUAGGUAUUCCUCAAUUCUCAUUUUGCCAUAUUAAUUAUAUUAAUUAAUUUUAUAAAUAGUUUAUCGAGUGAGGUUUUUGAGAUUUUAUUUAUUUGUUUUAUUAAUAAAAUUGUUUUUGUUGAA